AGAGGCAGACAUUAUUUUAAUCCACAACCUUUGAUUAGGAAGUCUGUCAGUUAUUGUGGAAAGUUAAAAUAACUCGACUGAGGCUGGGUCACUGUGGGUUAAACCAAUAUUUACACUCUAUAGGAAAACAUCCCAGUGGGCUGUGUGAGUGUGGCGCUCCUGAAACAGUUACACACAUAUUACAAUGUAAAAAGUACUGCUUAAAAGGAAGGCAUCAUUCGAUUGCCAAAAACAAUUAUUCAUUUUCUAAAUGCCACAAAAUUGUUUAAAGUUGUGUUUUGUAGAACAAUGUAGUUCCCGUCUACCUCUGGGGGGCAGUAAUACGCCUAGAUGCGUCUAAACUGCCGGAAUAUCUAUAAACAGACGAAGAAGUAUUCCGGAAGUAGCAGCUCUUUGAGAGAGCACAAGGGCAGAGCGGUUCUUCUUGUGUUGUUUGUGUAACAUUUCCUUCUGUUUGAGUUUAUUAAUUCAGAGUUAAUAUUUGUGUACUCGCUUCGAAUCUAGAGAUGGCUCCUAAAUCUCUGAGUCCUCUGGCCCUCAGGCUGAUGAAGGGGGUGAUCGCUCUGGAGCUGGUGGCCGUGUUUGGGAUGUACGGUCUCUUCCAAAAGAUGAACUACAGCCCAGAUUUCAGGAACACCGUGAACAGGAGGUUUCCUUCGAUCCUAGAACUUUACUACAAGUCCAACGAGAUGGCGGGCAUCCACGGGAUCCGAGAGAGUGACCACGAAGCCUGGUCGGCCAAACAGGAAUGAAGCCGCCAGACGGGAAAAAAAAAAA